CCGCCUCGGGGGCGUGGCCCCGGCGGCGCCGGGCAGUGGGCGGCCAUGGCGCUGUCGCGCGCGGAGCGGUGCCUGGCGCUGCUGCUGCGGUGGCUGUCGCGCGCCUGCCUGGCGCUGCUGGGGCUUGUGACCCCCGCGCCGCCGCGCGCCGGCCCCUCCCGCCCCGCGCCGCCGCGCGCCGUCCCGCCGCCGCGCCGCGAGCUGCUGCUGCUGCCCGCCCGGGAGCUGGCCGCGCGACUCCGCGCCCGGCAGGUGACGUGCGUCGAGGUGGUUGAGGCGUACGUGGAGAGGAUCAAGGAGGUCAAUGCCCUCAUCAACGCCGUCGUUAAGGACAGGUUUGAGGAGGCCCUGCAGGAGGCCCAGCAGGUAGACAAGCUGCUUUCGGAGGGCCCUGGUGAUGACUACCUGGAGGAGAAGUUCCCCUUGUUAGGCGUUCCCAUCACUGUCAAGGAGGCCUUUUCUCUGCACGGGAUGCCCAACACAUCUGGCUUGGUCAACCGCCGCAACGUGAUUGCCACAUCAGAUGCCACGGUAGUGUCCCGGCUGAAGCAGGCCGGUGCCAUCCCGUUGGGCAUGACCAACUGCAGCGAGCUGUGCAUGUGGUACGAGUCCAGCAACAGGGUCUACGGCCGGACCAACAACCCCUACGACCUGCAGAGGAUCGCAGGCGGCAGCUCAGGCGGGGAGGGCAGUGUCCUGGCAGCUGCCUGCUCAGUCAUAGGUGUGGGCUCUGACAUCGGUGGCAGCAUCCGCAUGCCUGCCUUCUUCAACGGAGUCUUCGGCCAUAAACCCACAACAGGGGUCGUGCCCAACGAUGGCCAGUUCCCAAACGCUCGAGGGGUGCGGACCAGCUUCCUGUGCACGGGGCCCAUGUGCCGCUAUGCGGAGGACCUGGAGCCUAUGCUGAGGGUCAUGGCUGGUCCUGGAGUUAACAAGCUGAAGCUGAAUGAAAAGGUGUCGCUGGAGAAAAUAAAAUUUCACUGCAUGGAUCAUGACGGCGGGUCCAUUUUUGUGUCACCUGUGGACAAGGAGAUCUUGCAGGCCCAAAAGAAGGUGGUGAAGCACCUCGAAAGUGAGCUGGGCGUCCAAGUUCGGCACGUGGCGAUCCACAAGAUGAAGUAUUCUUUCCAGAUCUGGUCAGCCAUGAUGUCGUCCAAGGACAGCGAUGGGCAGGAGGCCCAGCUAUUCACGGACCUGCUGGGCGAUCACGGGAAGCCGGUGUGGCCGCUGUGGGAGCUGAUGAAGUGGCUCGUGGGGAUGUCUUCCCACACUCUCCCAGCUAUCGCCCUGGGGCUGACGGAGAAGCUGAUGAAACUCAACCCUGGUGGGAAUGCCAAGCUGGUGAGCAUGGGGAAGAGCCUGCAGGAGGAGAUGGAGGCCCUGCUGGGGCCGGACGGGGUGCUCCUCUACCCCUCCCACCCCACCAUAGCUCCCAGGCACAACUCCCCCAUAUGCAUGCCCUUCAACUUUGCCUACACAGCUAUCUUCAACGUCCUGGGCUUGCCGGUGACGCAGUGCCCGCUGGGCCUGAGCAGCGAGGGCCUCCCGCUGGGCAUCCAGCUGGUGGCAGCCUCCUACAACGACCACCUGACGCUGGCAGUAGCCCGGUAUCUGGAGAAGGCCUUCGGAGGAUGGGUUUUACCUGGGAAAGCUUAGCCUGGGCUCCUGGCACUGCAGCGACAGAGACAGAGAUGGUGGUACCCAGGAAGGCAGUGGCAGGCGCUGAUGCCGGAUCCCGUCGUGGCGCUACCUGCUCCGUCCUCAUCCCCCCUUGUGCCCUCCUGUGAGCGGCCGAGCCCCUGGGGAAGCCAGGCUGUUGCCACUGGAGCCAUCUCUUCCUUGCAGCACCCUCUGCCAGAGGAGAGACCUGCCCUUCCCACGGCCCCUCGGGAGCCCUGGUGCCAGCAGGCUGCCCGCAUCCUGCCUGCAGCAGGCACCUAUCUUCUGGGCAUGGAGAUGGCCGUCUGUCUGUAACGCUUGCUGCUUUGAAGAUGCUCAAUGAAGGCUGGGGAGAGGAAGUGCUGCCAGACUGCUUGGGGAUGACUGCCCAGCACCACCCUCGGGGCUCCCUGGGUGCAUCCAUCCUCCUUGGCCUUACCCAGGCUACGGGGCUGGGACUGCACCUGGUGCACCGCAGGCUUGCUGGCCGCCGCAGCCUCCCUGGGCUGCCACAGGUUUUCCGCCACCUUCUAGCCGGAAGGGGACUGAGGGUGCUGGAGGCAACCUUAUGCUCGUUUCACCGGUGGUGCUUUGUGGGGUGGAACGUGCUGGACUCUGCCCAGUGCAGAGCUGGCAGGCAAGGGAGAAGGAGGUUUUGCUCUUGUGAGUUUUUGACAGCACUGGAAGAGCUCUCGAAACGCUCCUCUGCAUGUGCUGAGACAGCUAAAUCAUCUCCUGCCUGUGUGUUCUUCCCCGUCUGUCCCAGGGGAUCACCCAGCCUGAUUGGUGUCCCUGCCCCUGCCAUCCCCCCUCCCGACCUGCCCGGCCUCUCUGCCCCCGUGAGUGGACGCAGGCAGGAGCAUGGGCAGCUGGCUGUUUCUGGGGCGGGCAGCAAGUGUAAGAUGUUCUCGGUGAGGGUGGGAUUAAAGAGUCUGGUUUGCUGC